GCCUCGUUAUCAGCGUGUCACCUUGCUUAUUUCAACCUCAUGUGGGGUGUUUGCACCGCGGCUGUUUAACCAUAUGUGGAAAUCGUUCUGAUCACCUGGAACUUCGACGAUAUAAAGGUGUCCUGGUAAUCCAAAGCGUAGGAGGUAGCUUACUACGCCGGGUUUCCUUCGGGGUUUCUUCCUCUACAGCUCAUCAGCGAACAAUAUUCGAAAUGUCGGAACCUAUUCCCAUACCCCGUUCCAACUCAGAUCCCGCGAUAGAUCAUAACGAUCUCGCACCUGAAAUGAGCACAAAUGGCUCGUCCGCAGGCUCUUCUCUCCCUGACGGCAGCAAGACCCCCGUCUUGACAGCAUCAACACCGAAUAGUCCUCGACUCUCACGCAACCCUUCAUUCUCGGGGAGCAGCUCAUACCAAGAAGACUGGGAGGCGUUUACGCCUUUGGAUCGGCUCACGGUAUUUGACGUGUUGGAUAACUUUGCCUUGCCUCAUCAGUUGGAAAAGCUCCAGAGAAACCUAUCAGCACAAACAGACAAGGUCCGGAGGCAGCGAGAUGCGCUCAAGUCCAGAGGUACUGCGACAAAGCAACGGGUCGUUGAAGAAUGGCGGAGACGGGUGCCAACGGCCGAGGAGCAGCUCGACAGAUACAGAAAGAAGAUGCGAAAAAGUGUCGACAGACUUGGGGAACGCUGGAAUGAUACCAAAGCAGUCACACUUCGAGAGAAGGUGUCAUUUAUCUGCGGUGUCCUGAACGUCCUCAUCAGUGGAUACAUUAUUGGAGGAUGUCCUGAAUUGUUUCACUACUGGUAUAUGGCCCAACUACUCUACUUCAUGCCCAUUCGAUUCUACACCUACCACAAGCGCGGUUACCACUAUUUCCUGGCGGACCUUUGCUACUUCGUCAACUUCCUCUGCGUAUGCUCUAUCUGGAUCUUCCCACACUCAAAGCGACUCUUCAUCAGCACGUACUGUCUGGCCUUCGGAAAUAACGCUGUCGCCAUUGCCAUGUGGAGGAACUCGAUGGUCUUCCAUAGUUUCGACAAAGUCACAAGUCUAUUCAUCCACAUAAUGCCCUGCGUUACCCUUCACUGUUUAGUCCAUCUUUUACCUUUGGACCUUCAACAAGAGCGUUUCCCGGCCAUCUAUACCAUCAAGAACUCACCACCAGGCUCUAAAACGCACUAUUCUCUCGCAGCAAUGGCUCUCUGGUCGACUGUUCCUUACGCGGUCUGGCAACUAUCUUAUCAUUUUUUGAUAACAGUGCGCCGUCGCGAGAAGAUCGCGGCUGGCCGCCCAACCUCGUUCACGUGGCUUCGAAAAUCUUACUCGAAGGCUUGGAUUGGAAAACUGGUCUUGUCUCUACCAGAAUCCAUGCAAGAGCCUGCAUUCAUGCUCAUUCAAUACACCUACGCCGUUGCUACCAUGCUCCCUUGCCCUCUUUGGUUCUGGUACCGCUACGCAUCUUCCGCUUUCUUGAUGGUCGUGUUUUGUUUGUCGGUCUAUAACGGCGCCACCUAUUACAUUGACGUCUUUGGCAAACGCUUCCAGACAGAGCUGGAAGCCAUGAAGUUAGAGGUCCAGAAAUGGCACCAGAGUACAGAGGUUACAAGUCCGUUAAUGACCCCAAAAGUCGAUGGGGGCGUCGAGCUGGCUGCUUCGUUGGAUGGUGAUGCAGGCCAUUCGAGAAGCAGGAGUGUGGACAAGAUCCCCCUCUUGAACGAUUUAGGGGGGAGCACGGGGAUUGACGGCGGGGCUAAGGACGUCGCGAAGGAGAGGAGGGUUGGAGAUUUGCCCGCUUGAUUAUGGAGUAUAGGCAGCUUGAUUACUAGGCCAUUUUGUUUUUCGUUUGCCAAAUUGCCUGUUCACCUUUUUCUUCUCUUUUCUUCCGUUGGUUCCAGAUCUUGGCAUAAGGAGGAACGGAUAUACCAAGGAGUCACGGCGUGCAUGCUUCUCGUCUUUUUGUAAUGUUCUUCAUCUCUAGGUAGUUGAGAUCGACACAUCGCGAUAGCCGCUUUGGAAUGCAGCUCUAAUCACACACA